AUGCCAAAAGCAGUGACUGUUAAACAGGAACCCAAUGAUGACGACACACAUGCGCUUUUGCACGCGGGCGUGGACACAGCGAGCGACCCGGGGGCGCCCCAGACUCAGGUUAACGAAAGCGCUGGCAGCGACGCCAGUGUAAAGGCGGGCCUGGUGGACACCCUCAAGAGUGCCCUCGCCGCUGCGGUGACUGUGCAGGCGCGAGAGGCGCAGCUUCAAGCGGACGCCACGUUGUACAGAGGCCAAGCUGAGCGGCUGGCGACGCGCGAACGUGCGUUUCAGGAGAGGGAGAAUGCGUUCUACGAGCGGGAGAACGGCUUCCAGGUGCAGGCGGCGCGGAAGGAUGCGGAGCUGGCGGACGCGCGGUAUCAAUGGGCGCAGGAGCGUAUCCGGGUACUCGAGGCGAACACAGAGAAGGAGCAGGUCGUGUGUGAGAUGCGCAGGGUGCAGGCGCUGCUCGAUCAGGAGAAGACGAAGGGAGCGCAGGGUGACGCUGCUGGACGGGCUGCACAGGCAACUAUUGCUUCGGUGCAGGCAGAACGAAAUCUCGUGCAUGAGCGAGAGCUCAAGGCCGAAACCGACAGGCGAGAGCGCGCAGAGCGAUCGGCACUGGAGCUCAGUAAGAAGCUAGUAAGGCUGCAGGUAGAACUGCGGAGCGAGAACACUGCCCUCCGCGAGCAAGUUGAGACGCUGACGAAGGAGCUGGAGGGCGAGCGCGCUGCUGGCUCAACUAGGCGAGACCAGCUAGCGGCGGAGGUUUCAUCGUUGCGAGUGCAAUUGAAAGCUGCCAACGAGAACAAGGCUACAGAGCUCCGAGAAAUAUCUGCGUACAUGAAGACUUCCCAGGAAAAUAUACUCGGUCUCGAGACGCAGCUGCGCACCGAGCGGACUGCACGGGAGGCGGAGGCACGGUGUAUCGGCGCGAUGACCGCUGACGCUGAGGCGGAACGCGUCGCGACACUUGAUAUACUCGUGCAAACGCAGAUAACUGGUGGGCUGUCUGGGCCGCUAGAACUUCGAGCGAACAAGGCACAUGAGCAAGAGUGUGCAUUGCAAUAG